AUGGCGCAGCAAGGACAGGAACAAGAACACCAGCAACCGCACAAUCCGCGUUCUCUUGGAAGCCGGAUAGUUUCUCUUCCCGAUUCGUUUAGCGACGGUGAUAUCGAACAAUGGCUGAAGAAGUUUGACUUGUGCGCGGAUGCUAAUGGCUGGAAUACAGAAGACGGUGGGACUAAACAAAAGAUCUUACCGACAUAUCUGAAAGGACGUGCUUGGGUGGUUUACGAUCGUCUUACCGCAGAGCAAAAAGAUACGUAUGCACACUUGUGCACAGCUCUCAAGGGAGUGUUCUCACCACCAACGGCAGAACGGCGGCGACUGUCUACGCGUCAAUUCAAAGACCGCAACUGGAAAGCUGGUGAGCCUAUGGAAGUCUACGCAGGAGAGCUGGAGCGACUGAUUGACAAGGCGUACCCGGAACUGUCUGCCGCUAUUCGGCAACAGCAGCUAACCGACAGAUUUAUAGAAGGCAUGCCUGAAUUCGUUCGUCAUGAAUUAGAACUCCACGCAGAAACCACGCUGGAAGCCACAAUUACAAGGGCGAAAGAGUUGAUGCUGUUGAGUGAUCGGCGUAAGACAACCGGAGGAUUACAGGCGGUAGUCCAUGCCGUCGAUGGGAGAUGUCCGCCACCUCCGUGGAAGUCAACAAAAGACGAGUACAUUACGAAGCUAGAGAAGAGACUGGAACAAUUGGAGUUACAGCAACAACAAUCAACGUCUCAAGGGCAACCUACUCAAUAUGCAUACCCAGUUGGACGACGUCCGGCUACCAAACCCGGAAGUGGUGAGCGAUUGUGUUACAAGUGCAAUCGGCCAGGACAUCUGCAACGCGAUUGUCCAUUGUUGAGGUCCACACAGCCACGCGGAGGAGGAUGUUUUAUCUGUGGUAGACAAGGCCACAUGGCUCGUGAUUGUGACCAGAGACGUGACCGACGUGACCAACGAUCUAUGGCAUCAUCAAGAGACAUCGAUCGCCGCGGUAACCACCUGCCCACAACAGGACAGACAUCUAACCGAAACAGUCAAGGGAGGUUUUACCAGGUGAAUGGCAUGGCUAAAUCGUUAGUGGUUUGCGGUACUGUGAAUGGAAUAGAGAGUCCGUGCCUUAUUGAUACUGGCGCGUCUGUAUCGUUGGUCCCUAUAUCAAUGGUGGUUGGAAAACCGCUACUUCCGUGUUCGGUUAAUGUAGAUUUACAGGCGGUCAACGGAACCAGGUUGCAGGUACUGGGGGAGGUCGAUUUGCUGGUCGGUUUAGACCAUUGGGUAGCUCCGCAUCGUUUUAUGGUUGUGACCACAGAUACAGGGCCCAUAUUAGGAUCUGACUUCUACUCCAUCAUGGAAUGA